UAUAUAAGCUCGGGAUAUUCUAUUCCGGAGUAGACACUCAAGACGUUUUGUGCUUAAAACACAAUAUAUCCACCCUUCGUUGGAAUACGACCAACCGACUAUGAAUCAUAUCAUCGCCUUCCUCGCCCUCGCCCUGGCGUCCGGAAUCGUUUCUGCUGGAUACAUCGACGAGGAUCACGGAAGCUCCACCUACGAGGAGAAAACUAAACCUGUGGAAAUUCCUAUAUACAAAAAAUACGCGAUCCCGAUUCCUCAUCCCGUGCCGGUCGAGAUCCCGCAGAAGAUCGAAAUUCCUAUUCCCCAACCUCAAAAGGUCCCCGUCGAAAUUCCUCACCCUUACCCAGUCGAGGUCGUGAAGCACGUCGAGGUGCCGAUCGAGAAGCCGGAACCUGUUAUCGUUGAGAAGCACGUACCUUUUGUGGUGGAGAAGCCGUAUCCAGUUUACGUCGAAAAGAAAUUUCCCAUUCCGGUCGCCAAGCCGUAUCCAGUUCACGUGCCAGUUUAUAAGCACGUAUUCCAUUACACUUCAAAAGGCAAAGGAUGGCACUAAGGUGAUCCUCCUAUUACCCGCCCGGGGAUUGUUUCUUCCACGGAGUGAUCGUUUUACAAGAGAGUUUCUUUCCACCUGAAAUCCAAACUUGCUUAAUUUCAACGAAAAUCCAUUCGUCGUUUCUCGAUCGUUUUUUUUCUUUUCUUUUUUUUUCUUCUUUCGUAAAGAGAGAAUCUCGAAAAAUCGAAGAAGAGAGAAGAAAAAAUGCGAACGUGUUAUAUUUAUAAGUUAUUUACAGAUACUAUUUUGUUACUACUUUUAUACACUUGUUAAGUUUUUCCUCUCCCUUUUUGUUUCUUCACCGAAAUGUACACUUGUUAAUAAAUCGUAUUGAAAAAAAA